AUGGAGAAAAAAUUGAAAUCGGUGCAGCUUAAGAAGCGGAUUGCGUUACAAAGCAUCAACUCGAUAGAAAGGUUUGUGACCAACUUUAGUGUGGAUGCUGAGGGCGAAAUUCCAGAAGUGUUGGAUUCGUUGGAGCGUCACAAGGACGAAUUUUUUGACGCAAUGACAAAGUUAGAAGAGUUGGACGAUUCAAGCAAGGCGAUUGAUGCCAGCAUCGCCGAACGGAUCGCCGUAGAAGAACGAUACCGAAAGCUCAAGGCGUUCCUGCGAGGACAUCAGAGAAAGGAUCCCGUAACCGCUAACCUUGACUUUUCUGUGGCUAACUCAAUGUCGUUCGCGUUCGGCCGUCCGAAUGCAGCCAAUAUUCGCCUGCCUAAGAUAGAGCUACCAUCGUUCGAUGGCGACGUAACAAAAUGGUUGUCUUUCAGGGAUCGAUUCUUAGCCAUGAUCGAUUCGUCACAAGAAUUACCGAUGAUUGCCAAGUUACAAUAUCUAUUAUCGGCAUUGAAGGGUGAGGCAGCUUUACCGUUCGAGCACGUGUCGCUCACGGCAGAAAAUUACUCCACGACUUGGGCGGCGCUGCUCAAGCGGUUCGACAACCCGAAACGACUAAUUCGCGAGUAUUACAGAAAGCUGCACCACCUACCGUCACUGCGAGUAGGAACUGCAAGUGAGCUGAUGCAGCUGAUCGACGAAGUUACGCGCAGCGUGAACGGAAUGCUGGAUGAUGCAUCUCUCCUAGCGUGGGAGAAGCAUUCCGUACACCACGAGAAGGAUAAAUAUCGUGAUCUACUCUCGUUUCUCGAGGAUCGCAUCCAGAUCCUCAAGGCGACUGUGAGGUUUACCGAGGACGAAGGCCAAUCAGUGUCAAAGGUGUCGGGUGGGAGCAAGGUGGCCGGCACGCCUCGUUAUACCGCUCCACGGAAGGCAAUAGCUAAUACAGCAUCCGCGAGCCAUCCAUCUACGUCUGUGCCGCAGUGUCCGUUGGUGUGCACAGACGCACAUUCGCUACGUAGCUGCCCAGUGUUCGGCAACAUGGACGUGCAGCAGCGUCGAGAAAUCGCAAGGACGAAGCGGCUGUGUUGGAAUUGUUUAAGCAGUUCCCACCGGGUGAAGGCGUGCAAGUCCAGCUACACAUGUCGGGAGUGCCACGAACGUCACCACUCGUUGCUGCACCAACCCACUUCAUUCUCCCAACCUAACAUCGCAACCCCAGUGCAAACACAGGAUCCCGUUCCGUCCAAGGUCACAAUGGCUGCACACGCGGAAAUGACGGUAUUCUUAGAAACUGUGCGACUGAACGUCAUCGAUGAUUUCGGUAAUGCGCAUGAAGCCAGAGCACUGCUUGACUCAGGAUCGAUGGCGAAUUUCAUGUCUGAGAGCUUCGCUCGUAAGCUGUUAACAACACGAUCCAAGGUCAACGUUUCGAUUUCGGGCAUCGGGCAGGUUGUGCAAGUAGUAAAGGGUUCAAUCAUCGCAACAGUUCAGGCAAAAUUAGAUGCACACACCAGCCAGAUGGAGUUUUUAGUACUCGAAAAACCAUCUGCGGAUGUGCCGACGUCAGGAAUUGACGUAUUUACGUGGAACAUGCCUUCAGUGACGCUUGCGGAUCCCACGUUCCACGUGCCCGGGAAAAUUGAUAUGGUCAUUGGCGGAGACACAUACUGGGAGUUGCAUUCCGGCCAGAAGCAAUCAUUAGGAGCGGGAAGGCCUUGGUUGGUGGAGACACCAUUCGGAUGGGUCGUCGCAGGAAACGUGUCCGAGAAGGCAGCUCAGUCGCCAAGGUUGUGCCAGCUCAGCGCAAACAUUCAUACGCCGUUAGAGCUAACGAUGCAACGAUUUUGGGAGUGUGAGACGAUUGACGAGGAAGCACCCUUAUCUACGGAGGAAGAUAGAUGUGAAAGGUGGUACACGGCUACCACAACGCGGGACCAGUCUGGAAGGUAUAUAGUACGUUUGCCACGCACAUCUGAUGUCAAUAUCGUUUUAGGGGCGUCACGAGAAAUGGCAGAUCGCCGACUGAAGGCCGUGGAACGGCGAUUAGACUGCAACCCCGAUCUCAGAAAAGCGUACAGCAAAUUUAUGCAAGAGUACGCGUGUCUAGGCCACAUGAAAAAACUCUUGGAACCGAUCGACGAUUCAGGCCAAGUCUACUAUUUGCCGCAUCAUGCGGUGGUGAAGGAAUCUAGCACAACUACGAAGGUCAGAGUAGUAUUUGAUGCGUCCAGUAAAUCGAGCUCGGGUUAUUCAUUGAACGAUACCCUCCUGGUUGGACCGGUCGUCCAGCAAGAUCUUUAUACCAUAAUGAUGAGAUUCCGAUCGAAUCCAAUCGCAUUAGUCGCCGACAUCGAAAAAAUGUAUCGACAAAUCCUGCAUGACUCAGAGGACAAACGGUUACUUAGAAUUCGGUACAGAGAAGAUUCCUCAAGUCCCAUCGAAACCUACGAGUUGCAGACAAGGAUACGAGGAUUACAAGGAUAA